AUGUUCGAAGAAAAAAUUGUCAAUUUGAAUGUGGGUGGCAAGCCCUUUGCUACUUUAAAGACUACCUUGCAAAAAUUCGAAGGAAAUCUGAAAGAACUGCCUGAAAUUCAAGGAGAGAGUUUGCCUACGGCUCGAAUUUUCAUCGAUCGUCCUUACAAACACUUUGAGACCAUUCUCAACUUUUUGCGAGAUGGAGACGUGAUUCUUCCCGAAUCUAUGGAGAGCCUCAAAGAACUUCUCCAUGAAGCGAUCCUCUAUAAGUUGUCAGGGUUGAGUGAAAAAUGUCAAGAGGCGAUUGCAAGAUUGGGUAGAGAGCCAAUUCCUGUACUUCCGUCUAAAAUCGAGAAAACUGCAACACCACCAACUAUUGGAGAUCCUGUAACAAGCUCAUCAGACAGCACAGAGUCACCUCUGAUCCCUGAACAGCCUGACAACAACGAGAUUCAAAAAAGCUGGAUACGCGAAAAGAUAAUGAACAUAGUUAAUACUACGUUCAACUUGAUUUCGAAAUGCCGAGAGUUUCUCGAGGCGGUGGAAGAUGUACUUCGCUUUGUGGAAGGAAACAUUGACCCGAUAUCUUCAACUGCUGGCAACAUCAUCCGACUCCUUCAAUUGGUUGGACAGCUUCGCAUCUUUCAAGACUACUUGGGACGUUUUUCACAUUUUAAUUUUCCUUGA